CACCUUCCUUCUAUUGUAAACCCAAAACAUACAGUCACCAUGGCUACUGAACUCAGCAGCACAAAAAUAUGUGACAAAUCAUUUUGCGAAGAUUAUCUGCUACUAAGUCCAAAAGAUGUCACUUUAUGGAAUCUGAUAAUGCUUUUGUUGUCCAAAAAUAUUGGACACAGGAGUUUCAUCGAUUGUCCUGCCGGGACAACUGAAGAAAGCUUUUCACGGCGGUUUGUCAUCGUCAUAUCCAUUGUUGCCCAAAUGGUUCUUACUUUACUUUACAAACCAUUGAGUUGGGUUGGCUCAGCUAUUGAAUUUUUGCCCAACUUUAUGGAUGCCAAUGGAGGCUUUUUGGACAUUCUUUUGAAUCUAUUAUCAGGAAAAUUGGUGCUGCCUAAUAAAGAGUCACCUGAGUUCUUAACUGUGGUUGGGCUCUUGGACAUACGAAGGGAUCUAGACAAGACGAUUAAGCAUGAAGAUCCUAGGUACACAAGUGCGCUAGCCGUUAUGGCUGCUAAAUCUGCCUAUGAAAAUGCGGCGUAUAUCAAAGACACUGUCGAGAAAUAUUGGAAGAUGGAGUUUUUGGGAUUCUUCGAUUGUUGGAAUGAUUAUGAAGAGGAUUACACGACACAGGGGUUCAUGUGGAGCGAUAAGACUGGGGAUUCUGAGCUUAUUGGUGUUUCCUUUAGAGGGACAUCACCUUUCAAUGCUAAAGAUUGGUCUUCUGAUGUUGAUCUAUCGUGGUACGAGCUCCCUGGUAUAGGUAAGGUACAUGCCGGUUUCUUGAAAGCUCUAGGAUUACAAAAGAAACAAGGGUGGCCAAAAGAUAUACAACAAGACAAACAAAAACCCUAUGCUUACUACGUGAUCAGACAAAAGCUCAAAGAACGUCUUGAGAAUAAUCCAGAUGCUAAAUUUUUGGUGACCGGGCAUAGUUUAGGAGCGGCAUUAUCGAUAGUCUUUCCAGCCAUUUUGGCACACCAUAACGAGACUGAAUUGCUAUCGAAGCUCGAAGGGGUGUACACAUUUGGACAACCUAGAGUUGGAGAUCAUAAAUUUGGUGAAUUCAUGAAAGAUGUGUUGGUAACUCAUGGUUUGAGGUACCGGAGGUUUGUUUAUUGCAACGAUUUGGUGCCGAGAGUGCCCUUUGAUGAUUCGGAUGUCUACUUUAAGCAUUUUGGUGACUGUCAUUAUUACAAUAGCUUCUACGAGGGUCAGGUGCUCCCCGAAGAACCAAAUAAGAACUACUUCUCCAUGUUUGCUUUGAUUCCCAUGUUUAUAAAUGCAGUUUGGGAGUUGUUGAGGAGCUUUAUCAUGUAUUAUCAUAAUGGACCAGAAUACUAUGAAACCUAUACUUGCAGAGGUUGUAGAUUGAUCGGACUUUUGAUCGCAGGAUUGCCAGCUCACGGUCCAACAGAUUACGUUAAUCUUACUAGGCUUGGUUCACCUGAACUCUUCAUGGCCUCAUUCGUCAAUUAAUCAACUUACGGGGUCAAAUAAGGGGAACUUAUUAAGCGUAACAUAUUUGCCCUAAAAAGUUACCAAGAAUAUCUUAUCAUGUGUUUUGUUUCAAUUAAAUUUACGUGCUCAGAAUCAUUGUUGUAUGUUAUUUCAUAAAAAUAAAUUAUUAUCUAUGAAUAAAUCAUGAUGUGGACCAGCCGUAGCAAUCAUCGUGGGAGUGUCAGCCAUGCAGUCACAAGUUGGCUUAAUGCCAUGCAAGCAACAGUCGUACAAGUUGGAAUUUCUUGCAAGUAGUUAUUUAGUAACAGGUCACUAGUUGAGUCUUGUAAGGCGUGUAGCCAUUUGUUUUCAUCUUCGAGUCAUGAAUGAAU